UCCCCGGUUCAGUCUAAUGGAACUCCCUCAAAGCUCGGGAAAUCAAGAAUGACGCUUGAAAAAAACUCUAGUUUUGACUGGCAUUGAACAUUCAUAUAAAUAUAGCAAGCAAACAAUAUACAAGGAAUUGAGUUCAUCAUCAAGAAUGUCGCAACGAAUUAACGAUGUUGUGCGGCUGUGUUGCGAGUUAUCUGCCAACCAACAGAUAAAGACCACAGUGAAGGGAUCUUCCAAAGGGGCGGUGGCAGCAGGGGGACUAGCCUUUGCAGGAGGACUGGUUGGAGGCCCCCUUGGCAUCGCUGUGGGGGGUGCUGUCGGUGGCCUACUGGGAUGCUGGAUGACCAGUGGACAGUUCAAGCCGCUGCCUCAGAUCAUCAUGGAACUGACCCCGGUGCAGCAGCAGAAGCUCUACGAUGACAUCAUGGCCAUCAUGGGCGAGGUCCAGUGGACAGACAUGGCCCAGCUGACUGCCCUGGUCAUGGGCAACGCCACCCUACAGCAGCAGGUGACCGCUGCCCUCCUGGGCUAUGUGACCAAAGAGCUCCAGGCAGAGGUGCACUAUGUAGACUGACAAGUCCUCUAUCAGAGAGCACAUCUCUUUAGGGUUUUCAAAGGAAAAUGGAAACGAUGCUGGUAUGACAUUUUGCACAAUGUCAAAGGACAAUUUAAAAAUGAAGGACAAGAAAUGAUUUAUUAAAAGUGGGGCUGUACACUCAAGGAUGAAAACCUCCAUGGUCUCUGAGAAGGGAAGGAGCCACUGAUUGAAAGUGCAUGAAAUGAGUUGUGGCUAAUUAUUUCAAGGGUUUGUGUGACUAUGUAUUGACAACCUGAGUUAAGAAUUGUGUGAAAAGAAAUACAACCUUUUAAUCCUUUCAA